AUGGCGACGUUAAAUAAAGAGAGUGAGGAAAUGGCGGCGUCACUCAACGCGAAAAGCGCCGCUCUCGACCUCCAGCGUCGAAGCCCUAGUCCCGUCGCCUCCCUCCAACGUCGAAGCCCUAGCUCCGUCGCCUCCCUCCCUCCCUCCAGCGCCGAAGCCCUAGCCCCGUUGCCUCCCUCCCGCGACCUCGAGCGCCGACCUCCAUCGCGACGACCUCCAGCGGCCUCUAGCAUCGCGGCGACCUCCAGCGACCUUCGCGACCUCCAGCCCCCGCGACGACCUCCAGCGGCCCCCCCUAGCAACCUCCGCAACAUCCAGUGCCUCGCCGACCUCCCUCCCGCUACCUCCACCUCCAGUGCAUCCCUACAAAGUGUUCCUAGUUUCCCCAACGUACACGUCAAUACUUUAUCUCUAUAUAGCUCUUAA